UCUCUCUGUUUAUAUAAGCAGAGGCUGAAACAGAGCGAGAGAGAGAGAGAGAGAGAACAGAGAGCUGAAAAUCCUCUGAUCUGUUGCCUCUAAAAAAGAAAGUGUUCUGCUUUCAGUCUUCCCUGUGGAAGAAGAAGAAGAGGAGAUAUGUCUCAGCUUUCAGAUCUCAUCAACCUCAGCCUCUCGGAGACCACCAAGAAGAUCAUUGCCGAGUACAUAUGGAUCGGCGGAUCGGGCAUGGACCUCCGGAGCAAAGCCAGGACGCUUGCUGGGCCAGUCACCGACCCGAGCAAGCUGCCAAAGUGGAACUAUGAUGGGUCCAGCACGGGCCAGGCCCCCGGCGAGGACAGUGAAGUGAUCUUAUAUCCCCAGGCAAUCUUCAAGGAUCCCUUCAGGAGGGGUAACAACAUCUUGGUGAUGUGUGAUGCUUAUACCCCUGCCGGGGAGCCCAUCCCUACUAACAAGAGGCACAAUGCUGCCAAGAUCUUCAGCCACCCUGAGGUUGUUGCUGAAGAGCCCUGGUACGGAAUCGAGCAGGAGUACACCUUGCUGCAGAAGGAUACUAAAUGGCCACUUGGCUGGCCUGUUGGUGGUUUCCCUGGUCCACAGGGACCAUACUACUGUGGUGCCGGUGCUGAUAAGGCCUUUGGGAGGGACAUUGUCGAUUCGCACUACAAGGCUUGUCUGUAUGCUGGCAUCAACAUCAGUGGAAUUAAUGGUGAAGUCAUGCCCGGGCAGUGGGAGUUCCAAGUCGGGCCUGCUGUCGGCAUCUCUGCUGGGGAUGAGUUGUGGGUGGCCCGUUACAUCUUGGAGAGGAUUGCUGAAAUUGCUGGAGUUGUCGUCUCUUUCGACCCUAAACCCAUUCCGGGCGACUGGAAUGGUGCUGGAGCUCACUGCAACUACAGCACCAAGUCCAUGAGGAAUGACGGAGGGAUCCAUGUUAUCAAGAAAGCAAUCGAGAAGCUUGGGCUGAGGCACAAGGAGCACAUCUCCGCCUAUGGUGAGGGUAACGAGCGCCGCCUCACUGGAAGGCACGAGACUGCCGACAUUAACUCCUUCUCAUGGGGAGUGGCGAACCGCGGGGCAUCGGUCAGAGUUGGGAGGGACACGGAGAAGGAGGGCAAGGGCUACUUCGAGGACAGGAGGCCUGCCUCGAACAUGGACCCGUACGUUGUCACCUCUAUGAUUGCCGAGACCACCAUCCUGUGGAAACCAUGAAGCAAUCGUAGGACUCAAUUAUUGAUUUCAAAGCCCUGAUGGGGGAGUUUGUCCUUUGAAUUGUCUCUCUGGUGAAUGUUAGAACAUCUUCAGUUUCUUAGGAUUUCUUAGUUCAGUUGGUCCUCAUAUUUGUAAUGUUAUGUGUCAAUGGUGGUAUGUUAUGUGUCAAUGGUGGUCUAUGGGUUUGAGACAGCCACGGCUCUGUCUCUUUGGUUUGAUGGUAUUCACAAUAACUGGACAAUUUAAGGACAUGUUUUCGAUUUUCAAUUA